AUGCUCUCUAUAGGUAUACAUAUUACUUUUAAGAACAUAAUUAAUUUAUUUGCUGAAGAAUUAGGCGAUCUUAUUUUCAUAACAUAGCAUAAAAUGCUUUUAAAACUAGAAUAAGUUUCUAAGAAACAUUUAAAACUAUUAAGUUUGAUCAAGCAAAGAAAUUAAAAUAAUUAAGGAACUACAAUUAAUAAUUUUUUGCCAAGCUUAAAACCUUUUAAACCAAAACUUUAAGUAGAGUGUCUACGACCUUUUAAAAACUAAUAGAAAGAUUUCGUAUUAUAGAUCUCGAUCUUUUUUUCUUUUAGGUUAAUUAAAACACUUUGAAGUUGAAGAAUUAACUUUAGAAGUAAUAAAAAAUAAUUAGCAUAAGCUGUGGUUACAUCAAUUCUAAAUGUAUUUACUUUUUUAGUGAAAUUUUUUUUAUCGAAUUUGAAAUCUUUAGUUUUUAAAGAUUAUUGAGAAAUUUUAGGUGUGAUAUGUGUACUUACAGAACAUUAAUGUAAUUAAACUAUCUAUUUUGAUUAGAGAAUUAUUUUUUUGGUAAUCGUAAAUGGACAAUAUCAGGUUUCAAGAGAGUUGUGUAUUUGAAUGGAUGGUAAGUAAAAGGAAGAGAUUGUUAAAAAUUUCCAUAAAUUGUAGGUUGAGAUAAAUGGAUAUAAGCAUAGAGUGA